CUUGAACAGCUCAAGAAUCCCCAAUUACACUGAAUUGCAGGCAGCUUCGAGCUUAAGGAAUCCCAAAGAAGAGCAAAAUGUCCGAUAAAGACCUCCUCACCACCAUAACCAAAGAACUCGCCGGGACUCAGUAUACUUCAUCCUCUCUGAUCCCACUAAGCGGGGGAACCGCCAACUUUGUCUAUCGGGCUCAGCUCGACCAGCCGCUCCCAGAUGGAACAAAAUCCGUUAUUGUGAAGCACACAGAGGCGUUUAUUGCCCUGAAUCGGGAAUUUAAACUUCCCGCUGAACGCUGUCUUUUCGAAGAAUCCAUCUUGAAGGCUCUCGACGGGUUUCCUAGCAUACUGGACAGAAGCAAGCAUUGCGAGACGAACCCUCAAGAAGUGUUAGUCAAAACGCCUCGUCUCUUCUCAUUCAAUCGCGAAACCUACACUGCUGUUCUAGAAGACCUCCCCGAUUCUCUGGACCUUAAGUCCUUCUUAAUUUCCACAGCUGCUUCCAACAACGUGACUCAAGAAUGGGCAUCUUCUAUAGGCCGUGCACUAGGGAACUGGCUACGAUCAUUCCAUCACUGGGCUGAUAAUGAGACCCAAUCAGGGGUGGCGGCAGAGAUGGACAAGAACCAGUAUAUGAGAGACUUGAAGUUUAUGGUCAACUAUGAUGCCCUCGUGAACACAAUUGAUAAAUACCCGACUGUACUGGGAGGCUCUCGGGAUGUGUUUAGCAAGGUUCGGGAAAUGACGGCUGCAGAGUUGAGUCAAAAGGACGGAAAUGGUUUUGGAAUAAUCCAUGGAGACUUUUGGUCGGGAAAUGUCCUCAUCCCCAAGGUGGCCCUAGAGCAACCAUAUCACCUUCCCAUAUUCAUCAUCGACUGGGAACUUUGCCACUGCGGUGCUCGUGCCCUCGAUCUAGGACAGAUGUUUGCUGAGCUAUACCUAUUGAAGCAUUUCAAGGACAUCGAUGCCGCGACGUGGAUAAUUCAAGGCUUCAUGAAAGGAUAUCAGGGCCUGGACGAUGAGACGGCCUUUCGGGUAUUGAUCCAUGUUGGCGUCCAUUUCAUUGCCUGGGCACCCUUAAUUCCUAAUUGGGGUACCUCACAGCAGGUUGAAGAUGCUGUUCGUCUGGGUAGAGAUAUCGUCACCAAGGCAUGGGAAAAGGAUAGGAGCUGGUUUGAAGGGGUAUGGAAGUCACUGUUUCGAGAUCAGUAGAUCAUUCAGAAGCUAAACUCUGUUCUCUAUGUAUACGAUUAGCUGUGAUAUACUCUAGUAGGUUGAGAUAUAAUUCACAUAACUGGCCCCGCCCUUGCAACAUAAGCCAAACUACCAAGGGCGGUUGACCGAGAGAUUGUGCACAAUGCUGGUGAUUCAGUGACAGAUUUCCCUUUUCUAAGAAUAGACGCACCCUACCUUAUUGGGUAGUUGGGUCAAACGGC